AAAACAUAGAACGUCCAAGCCUUUUAGCACAUUGUAUUAAACGAUUCUUCAUCGCAGAUGACUAUAAUUCGAUAGUGUUCCUGACAUGGCGCCUUUAAACGAAUCAGAGUUAGGUGCGUUGAUGUGUGGUUGAAAAAAGCAAACAAGCCGCGCAAUGUACUGUUGAGUCUCCGGAAGUGGCGUACCCAGGCAAGACACAGCAACGCCAGAAAAUAACGUGAACUGGAACGCGCUGGUCCUGGAGGGGCCGGCCGGAACGCGCACGCCGGCCCAUGGGGACACAUUGGUCCCAGAGAAACUGCAGCCUCCUGCCCCUCCCGGAGACCGAGGGUAGGGGGCGGCGUAGGGGUGAGCUGAGAGAUGACGACUCUCUGGAUGGCCGGGACCGGCAGGAGGACAUCGCGCAGUUUCCCUACGUGGAGUUCACGGGCCGGGACAGCAUUACGUGCCCGACAUGUCAAGGCACCGGCAGAAUACCUUCGGGCCAGGUAAAUGAGCUGGUGGCACUGAUUCCCUACAGUGAUCAGAGGCUGCAGCCCCAGAGAACGAAGCUGUAUGUGGUCCUGUCCGUGGUGUUGUGCCUGCUGGCCUCUUCGCUGGUGGCCUUCUUCAUGUUCCCACGCUCUGUGCUGAUUGAGGACGAUGGGAUACGCACCGUGACCGUCCUCUUCGACCGCGAAAAUAGCAAAGUCAUCAUCAACAUGACCAGCACCUUGAACAUCAGCAACUCCAACUUCUUCACAGCGCUGGUGGAUAGUGUGAACUGCCAGGUGCUGUACAUGAAGACGGUCAUUGGUACGCAGCAGCUGGAUAACGUCAUCAGCAUUCUGCCCCUCAGCCAGAGACAGAUGAACUUCACUGUGAGCAUGGAGAUCAGCGGGAGCCUGUCCUAUGUUUAUGCGUUCUGUACCAUGGCCAGCAUCAAAGUGCACAACAUCGUGGUUUUCAUGCAGACCUCUGUAAAGACCUCGUACAUGGUACGCACCGCGCAGAACACCCUGGAGGUGUACCGCUACAUCGACUGCGGGGCCAACUACACCGUCCGCCAGACCCCCUGGCUGCUCUGACCCCCGACCCCCCCUCGCCUGCAAAGCACUCUGGGAGCCCGGGGCCGCGUUCUGUGACGGACAGGAACGCACUUUGGUUUGCUGCGUGGGUUUCUUUAUUUCUCUUUUGUUUUUGCACUGUCAUACGGGGCAGAGUUGUGCUGUCUCAGACUGCAGUGUAUUAAAUCCCUCUCCCAUCAUGCCUGCUCCUCUUCUCUCAGGCCUACUCCUGCUCUCUCAGACCUGUGCGCUCCUCAUCUGACCACAGGCUUAGUGUUCACUGCUCAUUUGAACAUAUAGCUGCCCUGGACAUUUUGGCCUGCAAGUUUUUCAUGAACAACUUUUUCUUUGGGGAGAAAAAUGGGUUAAUUUGAGAAGAGAGGUGUAUUUUUUAUGUUUGCUGUGGAGGGUGAUUACGAGAGGGAUUUGCACACCUUAGAAAGGGUACUGUUUUUUUGGUCUUUUUUGUUUUCUUGGGAGAUUUAGUUGUACAGCAUUAUUUUGUAAAAGGUAUAGGAUGAUGGCUAUUUUUUAACUUGGGGAUAAUAAUUUGGAUUAGAACGGAACACACGGGUGCGUGUUUAACUGUGUGGGGAAUUCCAAUUGGCUUAACUCCGUAAGAAUUCCGUUUCCAGCAAAUUAACAGAGUAAUAUAUAUUUCUAAUAUACAUUUAUUCACAUAUUUUGGUGCAAAUGAUCACAUGCUCCUGUUUAUUGUGAUGGAAAUGUUCUUGUAAUUUGGUAAUGCCCUUAAGAGGCUGUCACUUUUAGGUAUCCUUUGAGGGACUGGACAUCAGCAAUACCUCAGUCUAUUCAAUCAAAGCACAGUGCUGUUUGUCCAUAACCCAAUAAAUGAAUCAAAAUGUCUUCCCA